GCUCGAUGGAUAUACGAGAUGUGGCUAACCGAAUUUGUAUAAUAUAAUAAAUACUAAUAUACACAUAGGUAAUACUAACGAUUUCAAACAGUACGACGAUGUAAUCAUUGUCACUAUACAUUAUAAUAUACAGUAUUAAAUACAUUCAAUAUAAAUUAAAAAUAGGAGAUGACGUAAAGUAAACGUGAUUAUCAACCUUCAAACAUCGAUCUCAAAUUAUACUGCGCAGUCGCAGCCAAAAGCUUGUUGUUCCUGCUUUCUUCACUGUUACUGCGAUUUUCGUGUUUCAUUGUGUCGUCGACAUGUUUAUAUUGAUUCCGUGCGGUCGCUCAAGCAUCGUCAAAAUUCGAUUUCAGAAUUCAGAAACCUCAAAACGGCCGAGUUGCAUCUUGCCGACUUACAGAUGCUGUGGACCUCAAAAAAUAGUGCCGAGGACCGCGUGUUUGUCGUGCCUGGUGUAACACUAAGUCGGGUUUUCUACUACACCGUGUUCUGAAUAUUUAAUAUAGGUAAAAACAUGACGGUAACACGUUACUUAUAUAAGUUGAAUACGGGUGUAUCCAACCUACGUAGUACACAGUAUGAUAUAGUGGGAAUCCGGUUUAAGUAUUAUCACAGGGUAAGCAGGGUGAUCUACUGUGUGAUAAUUUUUUUUAGGUGUAUCCACAAAAUUAUAUGUAUUAGGGGUUAAUGCUUUAAGUAAAAUGAUAUGUGUAUUAUGUAUCUACUAAACUGAUUUGAAAAAAAUGUGCCAGUUCAGUUAUAAAUAAAUUAUAAUAUAUAUCUAAUUAGUUGUAUAGGUAUUUAAUUUUUACAUAGUAUCAUCAUAAUAUUGUAAUUUUAUAAAUAAUAUUAAAUAUAAUUCAAUUUAAAUUUUCAAGUGAUAUUGUGCUUAUGCCUUAUUGAUACAUGCGUUUGAUAGUAAGAGCUAUUGUCUAUUAGUAGUUAAAUAAAUGCUACCUCUUCCCGAAUAAUAAGUUGUACAUAAUGAUAUGUAAAUUAAAUGCAGGCAUUUUUUUUUCUUAGCGAACAACACAAAAACCUUUCUUCAAAUCCAUAUUCUAUAACACUGAUCAAUGCUCAUUUAUUUGAACGUAUAUUACAUACGUUAAAUAUAGCAAUAGGUACUUAAAAACCAAAAUCUUUUCAUUAAAAUUUUUUUGAUGAAAAUCUUAUUUCAAUAAUUCAAGUUCCAUAUUAUGUAUGUACAUACAUUUAUUUCAAUACGUAUACAUUCAAAUAAAAUAUAGGUACCAAUAUGGCUAUAUAAUAUUGUCAAACAAUAAUUGUCUGCGAAGGCACUCUAGCAGCCCAUUUAGCUCUAUCCCUCACAUCCUGCCCGGAUCAUAAGUAGAACAUGAACAUGAUGUACCUCAUGAUACUCACUUUCAUUUCCAUUUUCCAUAUUAUCAUAUUAUAACAUAUUGUAUACCUAUGUACAAUUAAUAAAUAAGGUCGUAGUAUAAUAAACUAACUGUACCGAUGAGUAACCUACAGCUGUCUCCCUCGAUACAUGAAAACAAAAUAAUAAUAUUAUUAUUGUAACGACGAUAGGUAGCUGCUGAGAAAAGUAGGAGUUGGAAGAGGGGCACCGCGGAUAAUCGGAAUUUUAUUUUAUUUUUUAACAUUUUACUACGUUUUUAGGUAGGUAUAUUUUCGUGCCGUACUGCCGUGUCAAAACGGCGAGACGACGACGACGGUCAACAACUCUCUACGCGGCGACGGCGGCGGCAGUUCCCCCCUCGGGCGCGCGCGCGUCACACUUAUUCGGAUAAAAACGUAAUAAAUUAUAAGCCACCAGUUAAGGCGGAGAACAGGGGGAACAGCGGUGUACGGUCGCCGCCGUGUAUAGACAUAAAGCAUAAUAACAUUAUUACGUACGCUCCGAGUUCUCCGGUCGCCGGUCGGGUGCCCUCGUCGGUGUAGUCGUCCUCGGCCCCGGGAAUUUCUAUUACAUUUUUUCAUUUCGCGACCAGAGUUUAACACUCUGACAGACCAUAUCACGGUGCAAAGCAGUUGGAUACCCAUUUUAUUUUAAACAACGCGCGUUAGUUACGAAAAUCUACCGUCGACCCCCUCCCCCCUCACAAGCGAUCAGUUUUGUGAUGUACAUAAAACGUAUCAUCAUUAUAAUUGAAUAGUAAUACAAUUAUUUUAAUAGCACCUAAUUAUAAUCAUAACAAUAAUAUCAAUGUUGAAAGCGAUAAUGAUAAUGAUAUAUCAUAAUGGUGAUGAUGAUAUUGAUAUUAGUAUUGUAGCAGCGACCGAACCACCGCACGGAAAACACAAAAAUAGAAGCCCGACAACGCACAUUAUAUAGCAGGUACAAUGUAACAACAGCCCCGCAACGCCGACGGGUUUUAUUUUCGUGUGGCAGAGCGCUCGUGUACGUUUUUAUAAUAAUAUAUAUAUAUUUUUAUACAGUUUUUUUUUCGUCGUCGCCUCCCCGCACCGGCUGGCCCCUCACGCUAGCUCCCCCCCCCGACCAUACCGAAUCCCCCUUCCGCCACCGCUGCCGAUGACGAAACGCCGCCCGGCGAGCGGAACGCCGAACGACCUCUCACUCGCAGGCGAACCGGCCGCCGCCGCCACAGUCGGGCUCCCCCCCCCCACAAUACGCUCGCUCUCGCACACGCACACGACCCGUCCGCGGCGCCCGCCACCGAUAUAUCAAUUAUUGUUCUCGGGGAAAUUUUUUGGGUAGGGGCUUGUGCGCUUCCACCGCCGCCGACGCCGAACCGUUUCGGGUGCCCGCGCCGCGCCGACGAGGCGGUUCGCCCGUUCGCCUCCCCACCAAUUUUUAAUGCGCCGCGCACUGAACACGGUCGUCGCCCGCGGGCCGCCGGAGCGCAUCAUUUUUUUUUCUUUUCGUAUACUCCUUUACCAUUUUUUUUUAUCGUAAUCCACUCGCACACACACACACACACCCGUCGUCUACGUGGCCCGCCGCCGCCGCCGCUGCGCUCGUCCCCGGCCGCUCCGCAGCCCGCAAUAUUAUCCGUGAAACUCUCGUUACCGCCGCCGUAGCACACGGUCGUCCGUUUUUCGCGUACGCCGCUGACGUCCGUGGUUGGCGCAGCACAAAAUAUUGCGACGACAUUCGCGCGGGGCUUCCGCUUUUUUCGUCAUCGCGUCGACUAAUUUAUUAGUAUACGCAAUAUUAAUUAUUAAGUCCGUUUGACGUACAGUGUGCCGCGGUGUUGACGAACAGCGACCGUAUCCGUCGUCGAGUGCUCGCGACAACCAUAAGUCACGACGACGACUACGACGUUUCACCCGGACGACAGCAGCCGCACAUCGAUGGCGCACGACGACGAAGACGAUCCGUCCGUCGCCGCCACAACGGAUACUGCUACGGCUAAUGCGACCAGCUGUAGGUUAUGCUGCGUGCCUUCGUUACCCGAAGAUCAACGGCAUCCGAUCGUCCCGGUCGCAGACGGCUGUGGCGGGACACGCCCCGGCGACAACGAUUUGCGCGACACCAUUGUCAAGCACCUGCGGAUACAGGUUUCAGAGAAUGAUGGUUUGUCCAAAUAUAUAUGUACUGGAUGCUCGACAUUGUUAAAUGAGUGGGAUCACUUUUCUGAGAUGUGCUCAAGAAAUAACAACAUACCCUUGAAACAACCAUCUGAUGGAGUUGAUAAAAAUGAUGAUGGUGAUGAAUUGGCGAACAAUUUAGUAAUAGACAUAACUGAUGAAGAUGAUGAACAAAGUUAUACAAGUAAAGAUAAAAGUAAGUCGGGAGCACCUAAAAGAUCAUUCCUCGGGGAACCAUCGCCUGAAGAUUAUGUAUUGAUGAAAGAAGAAACUUUCAAUUUAGAACCAGUAAAGAAUGGACCAACAGGUGUUUUGGGUGACUAUUUAAUAGAGUAUAAUAAUUCCAAAAAGUUACCAACAGAAUUGAGUAAUGCUGAUAAAGACAUUGUUGAUAAUUUACGCAUUCGAAGAGAAGUUUUACCAUCCAUGUGGGACGUAUUCGAAAAGACAAUUGAAAAGCUUAAAUCAGGAGAGUCAUGUUCAACAGUAGUUACUCAUCGGCGUUAUAUUAUCAACAAAGGCGCAUUUCCAUGUUCGUUGUGUGGAGAAUGUUAUGAGUUUGAUCAGGGUGUUUGUCGUGAUGAAGAAGAACCUCAGCCACCGGUUGAAGUUGAUAUUCAACAACGUUUAUUCAUUUGUCCUACUUGUGGGAAAUCUUUCCCUCGCCGUAGUUCAUGGAAACGUCAUCAAAUGACUCAUGAAGACGUGAAACCAUAUGUAUGUCGUAUUUGCACUAGUGGUUUCAAUCGCAAAGAACAUUUGAUGCGCCAUAUGUUGUCGCAUAGCACUGUUAGACCAUUUCCGUGUGAGCGGUGUGGUAAACGGUUUAUUCGCAAAGAGCAUUUAGCUAGACAUCUUUUGUGUAUACCGAGUUGUUCUAAUUCGUCUGACAUGCCAAGACCUUUUUGUUGUGACAUUUGCAAACAGAGAUUUGUACGUAAGGAACAUUUGUUCAGACAUAGAAAACGAGCCCACGAACAUGCAUUAAUAUUGGAUAAUCAAUUAGAAGAAAAACCGUUUGUAUGUUGGCAGUGUGGAAAAUGUUUUACUCGCUAUGAACAUCUUCGCAAACAUUUGGAUAUCCAUAAUGGUAUUAUUCCUUCAUCUUCAUCAGAAAUACUUCCUGAAGUAACUCUUUCGGAAAUAAAACCCGAACAAACUUCUACAGAUAUCAAAACAGAAAAUUUAUCCGAUUCCGAAGGUGAACCUGAAGUUCUUCCUCCAGUAAGUGUGCUUGAACUGAAUGAACAACAACCUGAACAAGCUAGACCAAAACCAAGCACUCUUUGUACCAUUUGCAAAAAAACUUUCUCUCGCCGUAGUCAUUUAUUGCGUCAUCUGAAGCGCAUACAUAAAGUAGAACCGGUGUUGACUAGAAGACGAGUAAACAAAUCUGGCGAUGAAAAUGGAAAUUCUAUAGAGGAUACUAAAUGGGAAUGUCACACAUGUGGGAAAACGUUUUCUAGACAAGCUCAUCUUGAGAGGCAUGAAAAAAAUUUGCAUAGUGAAGAGCGCAUGGUACCUGCCCCAUAUGAAUGUGUGUCUUGUGGCCAGGCCUUCUUCGAUAGCAAUUUACUCAAUCAGCAUAUGGCAACCCACGGAAAUACUGUGACUGAUAAUUUUGUUUGGAUGUGAUGUGGUUUAAUGUUGGGUUUUUUUUAUCAUUUGAUUUUAGUUGUAUAAACAGCUUACACAAAUUUUGACUAUCGGCUUGGCAGCAUUUUAAUUAUGUUUCAUUAUAAAGCGUUUUAUAAAUACAUAGAACCUUAUAAAUCAAUAUUGUCUGGCAGUCGAUUGUUAUUCUAAAAAAAAAAAAAAUCAGUUAAACUAUUAAUAUUGUUUCCUUAAUAGUUUCAAAUUACGGACAUGCUAUAUUGCAUUUAGUUUUAUUUAUUGGCUGGCUAUAUUGACUUGCUAAUAUUUAUUUUGUUAUUACUAUUAUUUUAUGUAUACAGAGUGGUCCAACAUGAUUUUCCAUUUUCCUGUUAGUUAAAUGAAAAAUUAGGAAACACAGUGGGCCGGGCCACCGUACAUUUUAUACAUAAUUUUAACAUCUUUUUGUUUAUUUUCAUAUUUUGUUAUCUACAGUGUAGCCUAUUCGGACCAAAAGUCAAACAAAGGCUGUAAAAUAAUAAUUUAAGUUAAAAAAAAAAUGUAAUAAAACUUAGUUAUUGUGUGUUAACAAUCAUUGACGUUAUUUACCAAAUUGAUUUUUUGUUUACCAAUACAAACUUUUCCUAAAAUAAUAAUUACUACAUAUUGAUUUAUCUUAUUGUUAUUAUAUAAUAUUAUACAGGGUGGACUUUUAGUCUGUAAAAAAAAUAAAAAAAUUCUUGGUAUUUUAUUAUAUUUCGUCUUAAACUUGUUUUAUUUUUUAAAUUCUACAACUUUGUUCAGGUUUCAAAGUUUUAUUUAAUUAACAAUAAUAAAUUGUCAUAAUUAGGUACAUAUGACUUUUUAAUGAUUUGUUUAAUACCAAAAAUUGUAAAUUGUAAAAAUGUAAUGGUCGGGUACUAAUAGCUUUGAUUUUGACAUGUUUUAUUUAAUCAUUGAUAACAUAAUAUUAUUUUAAGUUUGAAAGAUACAAGAUACGUGAUAUUUAGCUUUUUAUUGUUUCAGUCUUCAAGUGUGGUAAAUUAAAUAAUGUUUUUAACAAUAUUUAAGUCAGAUCAAUUGUCUAUUAUAAUAUUGUUAUUAUAUUCUAUAUUGAUUGUAUACUUUGAUUAUUGUAACAUAGUUAUGUUUUGUUUUUUUUUUCAUCAUAAUUAUUAUUAUUACUUACUAAGGUGGUUUUUAUUUAUCAUAUUUUAUAUAAAUACGUUUAAUUUUAAUUAAUUAUAGUUAAUAAAAAUAGUUGUCAUAUCACCAUGUAACCUUUUAAAAAUCUAAACAUAUUUAAAGUGUUUUAAAUUAUGAAAUUUGAUUUGUUAGGUAGCGAAAUACAUAUUUCUCUAUGAAUGGGUAAUGUGGCAAUUUGAAUUCCAAUGUUAUAUGGUUUUGAUCACUGUUUUUUUUUUUAUAUAUAUAUAUAAUUUAAUGUUUUGAAUAUGUAAAUAAAUUAUUUAUCUUGGUUAUGACAACUAUUUUCUCGUACAUUUAUGUACUACUAUAUUUAUAAUAUUAUUAUUUAUCAUCAUAUUCUAUAUAUUAUAUACAAUAUAUAUAUAUAUUUGUAUUAGAUAUUUAAGACAAAAAUGUUCUCUGGAGAUGGUGGGUUUUUGGGUUUAUUUUUGUUUUUUAUCUACACGUUUGCUCAAUUUCCAUUUUACACAAAUAAUAUUAUAUAUACACACGUGUUAUUGUAUAGAUUAAUUGUAUUUAUUUUGUUUGUUUUGAUUGUUUCAGAACAACUUAAGUCUUAAAUGCAAUACUUGUAAUAUUAUUAUUAUUAUUUUGUGUUUUCAAACUAUUUUAUAUUUUAUUUUAUAGUGAUACAAUUAAUGUUAACAUUUAUUAAAGCACUUUUUAUAAAUACCUAUUAAGUUGCUUUCAAAAAUAAGUGUCCCCCCACCACACUCCAUUGGUUUUUCACUUAUCGUUCGUUUGUUUGUUUAUUUAAUUUUAUCAUUAUUAUUAUUAUUAUUAUUAUUAUUAUUAUGUUUUUCUACUAACUUAACUGCAAAUGAUGCACUUACAUUUUUAUAAAUGACUGAGAUAUAUGACACAUUUGUAUAAUACAUUUUUAAUCGUUUCACUAUUUUAUAUAGAUAUAUAAUAUAUAUAGUAUACCUGUUAAAGUUUCGAAUGAUUCAAAAAAAAAAAAAAAAAAUUGUUUGUUUAUUGUAAAACUAACCAUUACAAAUUUACUUGAUUUUAUACAAUUAAAACAUGUUGCCCGAUGUA